AUGGUGAGCAAUCAUAUGAAAUUUGCGAACCCCUGCCAAUCUUUCAUAGAUACAUCGUUCUUUCAAAAACUGGCUCGAUUAAAAUUAGACGUUUUGAAACUGGAUUCAUCCCCUAAGGAGCUCAACAGUGUCAUUGAUAUCGCAUAUACUCCGAGAAGCUCAUCUAGUGCACACUUGUUUCUUAACGGUGAAAGCUUUGACAAGACUGACCAUGGAAAUGGCAUACCAAUCAAAGGCGCUCUGUACAACUUCAAUACCGUUGUGGAAUUCAAAAAGCUUGACAAAAACGUUUUUUUGAAUCAGCGAGGACUCGACGUGUGGGAAGAAAGCCUGGAUGAUCCAAACAAAUGUGUGCAGUUUUUUGUCAUCAGUUUUGCCGAUUUGAAAUCCUAUAAAUUUUUCCAUUGGUUGAGCAUACCCUGCUUCCAACUGACGCCUUUCAACCUAAUAGUGACUGAGAGUGGUAAGCUCGAAGAAUUUGAGAAAUACAAAAGCUGGUUUGAUUUACAUCCUGAGAAUUGGUCUUGUCUGGAAGAUGAGAGUGGUAACAUUCAAGUUUUUGCAAAAGGUCAAGCAGCUGGCUGCACCACCUUGAUUAUUCGAGACACCAGUAAAAUAGAGAUGAUACCUUCUGCUUUGGCGAAGAACUUUAUCUCUCUGUUGAAACAUUUUGCUCCAGGAGUGAAAACAAUACGUGUGGUCUUGAUUCGACAGGAUGCUAGCAGCAGUUUCUGGGUGGAAGUGGCGUUUCAGCCUACACAUGAUUCAAAUUCAUCAACGUUGAAAGUCAGCGGAUGGGAAAGAAACUCGCAAAAUAAACUGACACCAAGAGCAACGGAUUUAAGCUCCCUGUUGGAUCCAUUGCAAGUUGCGGAUCAAUCGCUGGAUCUCAAUCUUAAACUGAUGAAAUGGCGGGUCGCUCCCGAGCUAGAUCUUGACAUAGUCAAAAAUACCAAAGUACUGCUGUUGGGGGCUGGCACCCUAGGAUGCUACGUUGCUCGCGCCUUGCUGGCUUGGGGUGUACGAGAAAUUACAUUCGUCGACAACGGACGUGUCUCUUAUUCGAACCCAGUACGACAACCUCUGUUCACCUUUGAAAGCUGCGGAAAACCAAAGGCUGCAGAAGCUGCAGAAGGAUUGCGGCGAAUUUUUCCUCUCGUCAAAACGAAAGGUGUAGAACUUCAGGUUCCAAUGAUUGGGCACCCUGUAACAAACGAGACUAGACAGCAAAGCGACUAUGAAACAUUAGUCGACCUCGUGCGGAGCCACGAUGUCGUAUAUCUUUUGAUGGACUCGCGCGAAACUCGAUGGCUCCCUACUGUGCUAGGCUGUGCCGAGAACAAGAUAGUAAUGAACGCUGCGCUAGGAUUUGACAGCUACGUGGUUAUGAGACAUGGCGCUUACUCGCCUGGACAGGAAGAACGUCUCGGCUGCUAUUUUUGCCAGGACAUCGUCGCUCCAAGCGACAGUCUCACUGAUCGGACACUAGAUCAAAUGUGUACCGUGACAAGACCUGGAGUUGCACUCAUGGCAGCAUCUCAAAGUGUAGAGCUAAUGGUCUCACUAUUGCAGCACCCAGCUCGCAACACCCGUGAAGUUUCGGCCACAACUGUAUUAGGAGACCUUCCACAUCAAAUUCGUGGCUUCUUGAACGAAUUUAAAACACUUCAGCUCAGAAGUCCAUCUUUUAAUGAAUGUUCUGCUUGUAGUGUCUCUGUGGUGGAAACACUCAAGUUACGCGGCUGGAGCUUUGUCACUGAGGCUCUGAACAACUACAAAUACGUCGAAGACUUGUCAGGGUUAACAAGAGUGCAAGAACAAGCCGAAGAAGCCCUGGAAAAUGUUUUUGACGACUGGCAAGACGACCUGGGUGAAGAAGAGCUCUUGUAA